CACCCGCAGGUGAGACAGGAAACCCUAGCAGCGGCCACACACCCACCCCGGGCGGCGGCGGCGCUCCGGUCGCCGCGACCAAGAUCGGCACCUCCCCAACCAGAAAGAACGGGGCCGGAGCAGAAGAUCCUUCGACGAGGCCGCGCCCGCAUCCACCCAACGGAAGCGAGGGGAAGUCCUCCGAGUCAAGCACGAACGAAACCUCCGAUGCAGAUGCCGGCGUUGACGCCGGAGUUUGGGGAGGAGCCUCUCUUCCGACUCCGGGGAGACCACGGUACGCCUAUCCUUCACUGGGACGAUGUCUGCAUAUCCGACAGUGAUGAUGAUGAUGAUAAUGACGAUGUAGCUGACUUGGACGACUUGGUCUUGGACGACGAUCAAGUGGUGACAGACGAUGAGGAGACAAAUUGCCAAGGGAAGAAAUUCCCCAUGGAAAAAGCCAGACUAAUCGACAGGAUAUGGGUUGCGGGUGACAUGAAACGCAAGGAAGAACACGAGCAGCUGUGCGAGAUGCUUCUAGCACAGGGGCAUACUCUUCCUCCUUUCCCUAUGAAAGUAUUACCUCAGGCGACAGGUCUAUGUGUUUUGCGGGGCGAUUGCUACCAUCCGUCCGAUGCUGUCGCCAUUGACAAGGAUUCCCUUAUCUUACCUCUUUGUAGCCCUCGUCGAGGAAUGUACUUGCUGGAUGAUGCAUUAGUAGAAGUUGAUCUCUGGGUAAAGGAGGAAGGGGAUGGAUCAGCUGACAAACAAAUACUUUCUGCGUAUGCUGAGAUUGAGGGCCGCCCAGGUUUCGAUAAAAUUCGACAUGGACAGGUUCGUAGUGGCCUGUUCAGCUUGGACAUAAGCUACAUAUUAUCUACACGUAGUGUUGAGGCUGUAAUACAAGUCUUUGCAGAGGUUGACGGUCCUCAUCACUUGAGAUUCGCUGCUUUCAGCAGUGGCUUUGAUCAUGAGAUUGUGUUGUUUGAUGAUAAGUUCAGUGGGACUAAGGUGCAGUUUCAGCAUGUAGUUGUGGUGAAGGCACAAGAAAAAUUGGAUGUUUGCUUAAAAUUGGGGCAAUCACUCUUUUGGUGGACUUUCCAGGAUGGAUAUGUUGGAGCUGUUAGGAAUCCUGAUGACUUUGUGUCAAAGUAUGGGCAGUUUGAUGUGAGGGUGUUCUUUGCUCCAAAGAACUGGCAUCCAGAGGAGUAAGUGAAGAAGACAUCCAAUGCUCUAAUGACUGUUUAUCUCCUAAUAAAGUACCACUUGAGUUUUCUUUUGUAAGCCCUCUUGUGGCAAAACAGCAGAAGCUUAAUGUCAGACUUGUGUGUGCCCUAGAUAAUGCUAAUUGGUUAACUGCACCGGAAGCUUAAGGUUUUGGUUUGUGUGAUGUAUAUGUAAUAUUUUAGGGUUUUGGUUGUGUUAUUUCCCCU